AUGAGAAAAGCGGCCCGGGUGUUGGUACGGGUUGUCUGGAUAGGCACGUGUCAUGUGGCACGUAAAGGAAUGAAACACGAACCAAAACGUGACAGAAUGGCACGUAUAUUACGUUUUACGGUAUUGGCACGUGCAUUGGGUGGCACGUAUGAGCACACGUACAAACCAGGACAUCCGGCCGUUCCACACUUGACCGAGUCUCUCCGUAGAACCAUGUGCCUACACGGACCACUUUUUUUUAUAGG